CCCUAUCGUGAGGCCGUGGAGCUGCAGCGCCGGAGUCUGCCCAUCUUCCAGGCGCGGGGGCAGCUGUUGGCCCAGCUCCGAAACCUGGACAGCGCCGUCCUCAUUGGGGAAACUGGCUCCGGAAAGACAACUCAGAUCCCUCAGUACCUCUAUGAAGGGGGAAUUAGCCGCCAGGGCGUCAUUGCCGUGACCCAGCCUCGGCGAGUGGCUGCCAUCUCUCUUGCUACCAGAGUCUCAGAUGAGAAGAGAACUGAACUCGGGAAGCUGGUUGGCUAUACAGUGCGCUUUGAGGAUGUCACCUCAGAAGACACCAGGAUCAAGUUUCUAACAGAUGGCAUGCUUCUGCGUGAAGCAAUUUCAGACUCCCUGCUUCGGAGGUACAGCUGUGUCAUUUUGGAUGAAGCCCAUGAACGGACAAUCCAUACAGAUGUGCUCUUUGGAGUGGUGAAAGCUGCACAGAAGAGGCGAAAGGAACUGGGGAAACUGUCUCUCAAAGUGAUCGUGAUGUCAGCUACAAUGGAUGUGGACCUGUUCUCUCAGUAUUUCAAUGGAGCCCCCGUUCUCUACCUGGAGGGUCGGCAGCAUCCAAUUCAGAUUUUUUACACCAAACAGCCUCAGCAUGAUUACCUGCACGCAGCACUUAUCUCGGUCUUCCAGAUCCACCAGGAAGCCCCUUCUUCUCAGGAUAUCCUGGUGUUCCUCACUGGUCAGGAGGAGAUCGAAGCGAUGAGCAAGACCUGCCGAGACAUUGCAAAGCACCUCCCAGACAGCUGCCCCUCGAUGCUGGUCCUUCCUCUGUACGCCUCCCUGCCCUAUGCACAGCAGCUUCGCGUCUUCCAAGGGGCCCCCAAGGGCUAUCGCAAAGUGAUCAUUUCAACCAACAUCGCUGAAACCUCCAUAACCAUUACAGGAAUAAAAUAUGUAGUUGACACGGGCAUGGUUAAAGCAAAGAAGUAUAACCCUGAAACAACAGUGAUGAGCGUGGCACUAAUGGGGCCCGUCCUCCUUCCAGACAGUGGUCUUGAGGUGUUAGCUGUGCAGCGGGUGUCAAAGACCCAGGCCUGGCAGCGCACAGGGAGGGCUGGCAGAGAGGACAGUGGCAUCUGCUACCGGCUCUACACUGAGGAGGAGUUUGAGAAGUUUGAGAAGACGACCGUGCCAGAGAUUCAGAGGUGCAACCUGGCGAGUGUGAUGCUGCAGCUCCUGGCAAUGAAAGUCCCAAAUGUGCUCACCUUUGAUUUCAUGUCCAAACCAUCUCCUGAUCACAUUCAGGCGGCCGUUGCCCAACUGGACCUGUUAGGUGCUCUUGAACAUAAGGAUGACCAGCUUACCCUGACUCCAAUUGGAAGAAAGAUGGCAGCAUUUCCUUUAGAACCCAAAUUUGCCAAAACCAUCCUCCUUUCCCCAAAAUUCCACUGUACAGAGGAGAUCCUGACCAUUGUUUCUCUGCUGUCUGUGGACAGCGUGCUCUACAACCCUCCAUCCCGGCGAGAUGAAGUGCAGGGUGUCCGGAAGAAGUUCAUAUCCAGCGAGGGGGAUCACAUUACCCUCCUCAAUAUCUAUCGGACCUUCAAAAACUUAGGCGGAAAUAAGGACUGGUGCAAAGAAAAUUUUGUCAACAGUAAGAAUAUGAUGCUAGUAGCUGAAGUCAGAGCACAGUUGAGGGACAUCUGCUUAAAGUUGUCAAUGCCAAUCAUGUCAUCCCGAGGAGACACGGAGAAUGUCCGCCGCUGCCUGGCACACAGCCUCUUCAUGAGCACUGCUGAGCUUCAGCCAGACGGGACCUAUGCCACCACGGACACCCACCAGCCAGUGGCCAUCCACCCUUCAUCUGUCCUCUUCCACUGCAAGCCAGCCUGUGUAGUGUACACUGAGCUGCUCUACACCAACAAGUGCUACAUGCGAGACCUCUGCAUUGUAGACGCCGAGUGGCUCUAUGAGGCUGCCCCCGAGUACUUCAGGAGGAAGCUGAGAACUGCCAGAAACUAAGCUGCUCCAUGAUGCUGCCAGAAUUGCCAGUGCCUGGGAGCUUGGACCACAGCUAUGUUCGUAGCAGUCUUCUAGGUUGGCGCCCAGAGAAGCGGCAAGUUUAAUGCAGCUGGACGUGCCCAAUUUCCAGGAGUUCGAAAGCAUCUUUGCUUGCACAUAGACAUGUACAUAUCACUUAUGCCUUGGAAACUUCAAAGUUCUGCUUUUGGUUCUUGCUGGGUGACUUUGGGCGACUCAGUUAUCUUCUGAGCCCCAGUUUCCUCAUCUACCAAAUGAGUAUAAUAGUAAUUAUAUUUAGUUAUAGGACUGGGGUCAUGAAGUUUACAGAAAGAAAAUGGAAAGUACCCAGAGCUAUGUCUGGCACAUUGUAGACAUACAGUGAAUUUUGAGCCAU